GUCCCGAGCCGCCUGGUGCUCUCCCCAUGCGGCUCGAGCAUCCGCCGACGCUUUCGUCGGUCGCGCCAUACAGGAAUCAGCCAGGCAAACGCGCGCUCAUCCCCGCCGUCUUUGCCAUCCUCUACGCGCUCGCCGGCAGCUACGUGUGGCAGACCAUCGGUGACCCGUACAAGCAGGCGUUGGUUGAGCGCGACCGGCUCGAUGCGCUGGCAAAAGCCAAGGCUGGCGAGGACGGCGCCGCCGACAGCGGCUGGGUCGGAGCGGACGAGCUUCCCGCCGCCGCGGCGGGCGGGGGCGGCGCCGGCAAGGCGGCGGAGAUGCACGAUCCGUUUGCGGACGAUGAGCUCUUCGAGGACGACGAGUCCGCGCCGAGCCGUGCGGGCGGCGGCGGCGGAGGAGGAGGAGGCGGCGGCGGCAAGGUGAGCGAGCUCAAGCCCGCCAAGUCGGCGCUCGAGUACUACACCGAGGCGAGUAGCGCGAGGCUGAAGCAGGCGCUGCCUGGCGUGGGCGACGACGAGGUGGCGGAGAUGGCCAAGGCAGAGUGGCUCGCCCUCGACGGGGGCUCGCAGAGCAAGUUCGCCCAGAUGGCGGAGGUCGACCGCAAGCGCUUCGAGCGCGAGAAGCGCGAGGCCCUCGCCGGCGGCAAGGGUAAGAACGCCACGGUCGACGCAGAGCUCGAGGAGAUCGAGAAGAAGGAGCGGCCCCUUCCCCACGAGUGGCUGCCCUCUGCCGGAGCCUGCGUGCUGCUCUUCCUCCUCUGCACAUGCAACGCGCUCUUCUACCUCAUGCCCCGCUGGCAGAUCGACUUUCGGCUGCGCGCCUUCUACGCGCCCGCCCGCUCGCUCGAGCCCGGCGUCUACCUCUGCUUUAAGCCAGAGAAGCACAAGGGCAAGCCCGCGCUCGCGCGCCGCCUCGUCUGCGAGUUCCAGCGCCAGCGCUACGAGCUCUUCAUGCGCGGCGACGCCGCCGCGGAGGACGAGCCGGUGGCAGACGGCUACGACGGCGCGGUGAGGCUGAUGCGCUGCCCGGUCGGGCUGCCCGCGUCGCAUUACGCGGCCUCGGCCGGGCUGGCCAAGAAUGAGGACGUGUCGCUGCGCGCCGAGCAGUUCGGCCCCAACGUGCUCUCCGUCAAGACGCCGCGGUUCGUCGACCUGUACAUCGAGCAGCUCCUCUCCCCGCUCGUCAUCUUUCAGAUGUUUUGCUCGGUGCUGUGGCUCCUCGACGCGGUCUCGUACGGCUUCACCGCCUUCCAGGUCUUCACGAUCCUCCUCCUCGAGUCGACCUCGGUCAUGCAGCGGCAGCGCACCUUCAAGACCCUCAACUCGAUGUCCGCCAAGCCGUUUGGCGUCUUUGUCUUCCGCACGAAGGCCUGGCAGCGCGCCUCCACCGCCGGCUUGCUUCGAUUGGCCUGGCAGCGCGUCUCCACGGUCGACCUGCUUCCAGGAGACCUCAUCUCGCUCCUCCCGCCUCGCAAGCCGGGCACGCCCGCGCCGGCGGCCGGCCAGCCCGCCCCCGGCGCCACGCCGCCUCCGCCGGGCGAGCCGAUCAACGACGUGGUGCCGUGCGACUGCCUGCUGCUGCGCGGCUCUGCGGUGGUCAACGAGGCGACGCUGACCGGCGAGUCGGUGCCGCAGAUGAAGGACAGGCUCGCGGUGGAGCCGGCGACGGCGGGCCGCGCGCUCGACAUCGAGGGCGGCGACCGCGUCCACGCCCUCUUUGCGGGCACGUCCAUCAUCGCUGCGAUGCAGCAGAGCUCUGCCGGCGCCGACUCGGCGGGCACGGGUGUGCCUGCGACGCCGGACGGCGGCUGCCUCUGCUACGUGCUGCGCACGGGCUUCUCGAGCUCGCAGGGCGAGCUGAUGCAGAUGAUCGAGUUCUCGCAGCAGGCGGUCUCGGACGACUCCAAGGAGACGAUGGCGGCGCUGCUGCUGCUCUUUGCGUUUGCCUGCGUCUCGGCGGGCUACGUCUUCCACAAGGGGCUCGAGAAGGGCGACCGCACCACGCACGAGCUGCUGCUGCGCUGCGUCAUCAUCCUCACGUCCGUCGUGCCGCGCCACCUGCCGAUGCAGACGGCGAUGGCAGUCAACACCGCCCUCAUGGCGCUGCUCAAGGCGGGCAUCUUUUGCACCGAGCCCUUCCGGCUGCCGAUGGCCGGCAAGGUGGACGCCGUCUUCUUUGACAAGACGGGCACGCUCACCUCGGACAAGCUCGUCCCCGUCGGCAUCCUCGACGCGGGCGCGGGCGCAUCCGCCAAGCCGCCGCAGCAGCGGCCCGUCGUCGACGCGUCGCCCGACUGCGCGGUGGCCAGGCCGCCCCUCAGCCUUGCCGCGACCUUCCGCGUAGGCUCCAAGCUCGUGGGCGACCCGAUCGAGACGGCCGCGCUGGAGGGGAUCGGGUGGAGGUACGACGCCCCCUCGCAGACGGCAAAGCCGGGCGACUCGGAGCCGCUCGAGCGCGCGAUCGGCGCUCUCAAGAAGCGGAUCGAGGCGGCGCCGGCGCCGGCGGCGGGGGCGGGCGCCGUGGCGGCGGCGGGAUCGGCGGCGCCCGUCUCGGGCAAGCAGCUCGAGGCGCUCAAGGGCGAGCUCGCCAAGGCGCAGGCGGAGCUGAAGCGCGUGCAGGAGUCGAAGGCGCGCUGCCCGGUGACGGCGGUGCGGAUCGUGCACCGGCACCACUUCUCGUCGGCGCUGCAGCGCAUGUCGACCAUCACAAAGGUGACGCAGCGCUCGGGCGGCACUGCCUACCGCGUGCUCGUCAAGGGCUCGCCCGAGGCCGUCCGCAUGCUGCUGCGGUCGGGCGGCGAGCCGGCGUGGUACGCCGAGGUGUACCGCGGCCUCGCGGAGCGAGGGAUGCGCGUGCUCGCCCUCGCGUACAAGGUGUGCGAGGUCGAGUCGGACGGGAGCGCGAGCGCGCUGCCCCGCGAGGAGGCGGAGGCGGACCUGGCCUUCGCCGGCUUCAUCGCUUUUGCGUGCAAGACGCGCGGCGACUCGCCGAUGGUCGUCGGCGCGCUGCUCGACUCGGCGCACCAGGUGUCGAUGCUCACCGGCGACGCGCCGCUCACCGCGCUGCACGUCGCGCGCGAGGUGCGCAUCUGCUCGCCCGACAAGCCGGCGCUGCUGCUCCGCACCGACAGCGCCGGCGGCGGGCCGCGCUGGGUCGCCGCCACGGGCGCGUCGGACGCCACGGUGGCGCCUUUCCGCGCGGAGGAGAUGCGCGGCCUCGCCGACAAGUACGAGCUGAUGGCGACGGACGGCUCCAUCGAGGAGGCGGCCGAGCAGGACGACGCCAUCUGGUCGCACUUGGACGCGCUGCGCGUGUUCGCGCGCAUGUCGCCCCCGGGCAAGGCCAAGGUGAUCCGCAUGCUGCAGGAGCGCAACGGGCGCAAGGUGGUCAUGUGCGGCGACGGCGGCAACGACUGCGGCGCGCUCAAGCAGGCCGACAUCGGGCUGGCGCUGCUCUCGGGCUACGGCGACAUGAACACGACGGGCGAGGGCGGCGAGGCGGCGGCUGGCGGCGAGGCGGCGGCCGACAAGGGGUCUGGCAAGCCGGCGGCGGGCAACAAGGCGGAGGAGGCGCUCAACCAGUCGGCAAAGACGCUCGCGCUCAAGCAGGCGCAGGCGAGCAAGGUGCAGUCGGACCUGCUCAAGGCCAAGCAGAAGGAGCUGCAGGCGAAGCAGCAGGAGUGGAUCAAGGAGGAGAUCGCGGCGGCCGAGGCGCGUGGCGAGCAGCUGGGCGUGAUGGGGCACAUGCGCAUCAUGAAGGCGACCCUCGCCCGCGUGCAGCGCGAGAUGAUGGAGGAGAGGCGCCGGCUGCAGGCCGUCCACGGCAACGUCUUCGACAAGAAGGACACCAUCGAGAAGCUGACCGCCGAGAUGGGCGAGGGGACCAACGAGCUGCCGAUGGUGCGGCCGGGUGACGCCUCGGUCGCCGCGCCCUUCACGUCGCGCUCGCCGUCGGUGCGCAACAUCGUCGACCUGGUGCGGCAGGGCCGCUGCACGCUGCUCUCCGCGCUGCAGCAGCAGCAGAUCAUGAUGCUCGAGAGCCUCAUCUCGGCGUACGUGCUGUCGGCGCUCUCGCUCGAGGGCGCGCGCUCGUCGGAGCGGCAGAUGAUCGCCUCCUCGUGGCUGCUCAUGAUUGCGCAGCUCGCCUUCUCGUACGCCACCCCCAUCCAGCAGAUGCACCCGCAGCGGCCGCUCCGGUCGCUCUUCCACCCGGCCAUCUUCUUCUCGAUGUUUGGGCAGGCGGUGCUGCACCUCUUCGCGAUGCGCGCGGCCGUCAACAUGGCGCGCGACGAGAUGGGCCCCGAGCGGCUGCAGGAGGUCGUCGAGUUCUUCCGGCGCGAGCGCUUGCGCGAGCUGAAGGAGGAGGCGCAGCAAGCCGCCUCGGAGGAGGGCGACUACAUGGCGCAGGCGAUGGCGCUGUGGACGACGCCCUUCAUGCCCAACCUGCUCAACACGUGCGUCUUCCUCGUCGAGACGGCGCAGUGCAUCGGCGUGCUGCUCGUCAACUACAAGGGGAGGCCCUGGAUGAAGGGCAUCUCCGAGAACCACCCCCUCUUCCUCUCCGUCUUUGCGACCGUCGCCGGCUGCGCCGUCUGCGCGUGGGGCAUCUUCCCCGAGGUCAACGAGCUCAUCCACCUGGAGCCAAUGCCGAACGACGCCUUCCGCUACAAGCUGAUGACCCUCGUCGGCAUCUCCAUCCUAGGCACCUUUGUGUGGGACCGGCUCUGCGUCGCAAUCUUCGCGCCCCCGAUCUUCCGCGCCAUGCUCGACGAGGCGAAGGCGCUCACGCCCGCCGACGCGAUGCCCGCCAUCAUGUCGCUCGGCAAGGUGCUCCUCGUGCUCGCCGUGCUCGGCUCGGGGAACAUCCUCAUCUGGGGCGGCGCCUACUACAUGUAUUCGCAGUUCAAAAAGGCGCGCGCGCAGCAGGCCAUGGCCUCGAUCUGAAGGCUGCUUGUCUAGUGCUGCGCUGGCGGGAGGGCAGGGGAGCAAAGCGCGUUGGGGAGCUGGGAGAGAGAGAGGGAGAGGGGGGGGGGGGGGGCUACUUGCUCGUGUCGCUGCGUGCUGGGGGGGG